CUGCAGUGAGCUCCCCAAAGAAGAAGAGCAGGCCUCAGGUAGCUCUGUGAGAAAGAUGGACAGUCCCAAGCAGUUAAAUUUUCACGUGUCUAUCCGGAAGGGAUCUUCUAUUCCUGCUCUGCAAAAAUGCAACACUUGCUGUUCUCCAGGAAAAUUUCAUUGUCCGUUUUGUUCACCUGAAAUUUUCAAACCCACAAACCGCCCCAGUCUUAGGAUCCACUUGGACAGCCAUCAAAGGGAAGCCUUUGAAACUGGAAAAUACACCUUCCACAGGUGUAGACUCCAGUGCAGAAGUCAGGCGCAUUACCACUGUUUGUACUGCAAAGCCACAGUGAUAAGAAGGAAAACUUUCCACAGUCAUCUGUCAUUUUGCAGUGAGCAACAACAGAGGAGGGUCCGGAAAUUAUCCAAACUACAGGCUGAAUUGACACAAAGAUUCCAAAAUGACAGAGGGAGCCCUUCAUAUGACAUGGAGAGGGAUGUGAACGGUAACGGCAUAACUAUCGUCUCAGAUUCAGAGGGCCAAGAUUCAGAGGGCCAAAACAGCCACAGAGCCAGCGGCGGCCAUUCUGUGUCUCACAGUUUCACCAGAUCAGGCAAAUGUGACACUGGGAGGAAAAUGAAGAGGAGUACAGAGAUGGACUCCUCUAAAUGUCACAAAGGAGUACAGACAGACACUCCAAAACCACAAGACUGCGAUGAGUAUUACUUUAUGACCCUCACGAAAGUGUUUAAGAAGUUGGCUCCUCAGAAAAAGGCAGGGGUCAGGAUGAAAAUCGAGCAUCUUCUUCUCGAAGCUCAAUUUACAUAGA